AUGUUCAUGCUCCGCAACGUGAGCAAGUUCAUUUUUGGAGACACUUCCAAGGAAUCUAUCAUCGAGAUCCCACAGGGCCAGCUCUAUUUAGUGCGCCCUCUGUCCCCCAAAGGUUACUCCGAACUUAUCUUCAAGGACGCCGCUGCCUCCAUUCGGCGCACGGGUCAGGACUUCCAGUAUCAGCUUGUCAUCCAAAGGGCCUACGAAGAGGGCGAGGAGGAGCUCGCAGAGGACGAGGACGAACAAGGCGGUAGUGAUAGUCUUGAUAAGGACGAGAAGAUAUUCCUUCUUGACCAGGCCUUGCAUUUUCGCUCAGAGGUUCGGGACGGAGCUGCCAAAAUCCUGGCCUGGAGGGAUCUGAGCGGUGAUAUUGGUGAUCUGUUUGAAUUCGUUUGCGACUCGUCGGUGCCCUCGGAUAAAGUGUCCACCUUUGAGCUCGCCGCGCUGCAGUGCCAGUACGAACGGAAAUACCGACGCAGCUCUCAGAAGGCGACGGAGCAAGAACUUCAGCAGUUUUCCUUCCAAGAAGAACGACCGCUUCCUUCAGCAAGUCCUCUCGCUUCACCCAACAAAUCCCGUACCCACUCUUUCGCGUCCGGAGAUUCGACUGCAGCUAUGGUCAAGGAGGUGGCGUAUUCGCGGGCCAAGGGCCAAUUCAAACCGACCGAUGACGGGGACGAGCCGACGGUGGCACCCCCGUCCGCCGCACAGCCGGAGACUAAAGAGAUCCUCGCCAAGGAGAGAGUGGAGCUUCACCUGUUCGACGUCCAAAGUGGGACGUUCAUUCUGCAAGACCCUGAUGUUGUUGCCACUGUAUCGGAAGUCGGGAGUUGGCAGUACUGGCUCCAUAUCAACAGCGAAGAGAAGGAAUGGCUCGGGCAAGCCGUGAUUGCCGAUAUCAACCCCGUCUUCAACUUCGAGUACCUCUCCUUCAUCUUCAAUCACUACAGCGAAGAUGGCUCGGCUUAUUCCUGGCUCCUACGCUUUAAGGAUCAGGCAACCGAAGAGCGGUUCCAGGAAGGUCUCCUGCAGGCUCUCUGGGAGCAGCUGAAUGAGAUGAAAUGGAAUAAGGUUAAGGAUAAAGAGCGAGAGUAUGUGUUGGAUGCUUUCCAAGACCUCACAAUGGAGGACCAAGAGUCCCAAGAACAGCAGGUCGAUGACGAACGUGAAGAGGAGGAAGAAGAGGAAGAAGAGGAAGAAGAAGAAGAUCAGGACGACGGUCAGCGCAGCGAACGCUACGACUCGGACGAGGAGCAGGACGAUGUGGUGACUCGAGAAGACGACGGCAACGUGAAUUCCCAGCUUGCCGUUGGCUAUAAACACGACCGGUCGUUCGUUGUGCGAGGCUCUAAAAUCGGUGUCUUCAAGCACACCUCGAACAAUAACCUCGAAUUCUCAACCACUAUUUCCAAGGUGCAGACUCCUAAGGGCAAGUUAUUCAGUCCCAAGAAGGUCCAGUUGCAUGCGGAGGACUCGCAGAUGAUCAUACAAAACGGCGAUGACCCCAACUCUCUCUACCGUAUGGAUCUGGAACACGGGAAGAUUGUGGACGAGUGGAAGGUCCAUGAUGAUAUCCCCGUGCACACUUUCGCACCAGAAACGAAAUUCUCGCAAAUGACCGCGGCCCAGACUUUCAUUGGUGCUUCGCAUAACGCUCUCUACCGGAUUGACCCCCGUGUGUCCGGAAACAAGCUGGUGGAGUCCGACCUGAAGCAGUAUGCCAGCAAGAACGCCUUUUCGUCUGUGGCCACCACCGAGAAGGGCUACCUCGCCGUUUCUUCGAACAAGGGUGACAUCCGGAUGUUUGACAGGUUGGGGAUCAACGCCAAAACCCACAUCCCGGCCUUGGGAGAACCGAUCAUCGGCCUAGAUGUGUCUGCUGAUGGCCGAUGGGUCUUGGCCACCUGCCGAACCUAUCUCCUUCUCAUCGACGCGCUGCAGAAGGAUGGUAAAAAUGAAGGCAAGCUUGGCUUCGAGCGCUCGUUCGCCAAGGACUCGAAACCCCAGCCUCGACGCCUGGGUCUCCAGCCGGCCCACGUUGCGCAGUUCCAGCAUGAAACCAAGAAACCUCUUGCCUUUACGCCCGCACGCUUCAACACGGGCGUUGACAGCCAGGAGACGUCCAUUGUCACGGCCACAGGCCCCUUCAUCGUUACCUGGAGCUUGAAAAAGGUCGUGGCGGGACGCAAGGACCCCUACACGAUCAAGCGGUAUUCGGAGGAGGUCAUGUCGGACAACUUCCGGUUUGGGUCGGACAAGAAUGUCAUCGUGGCCCUGCCGAACGAGGUCAACAUGGUGGCCAAGCGGAGUCUUCAGAAACCGACGCGCGAGAGUAUCGCUGGGCCACCGGUAACCCCUAGCCGUCGGAGCACGCGAUGGGGGAGUCGGCUGGGAAGGGAUGAGAUUGUGAAUUCGCCGUAUUGA